AUGGAUAAUAAUGAUAAUGCUAACUUUGAAUCUAAGAAGAUUAAACGCAUAUUCAGUCCCCCCUUCAGCUAUCGGUACGUGGCCGAACCAAUGAGUGGAGAUGUUUUCACCAUGGUGGAAAAUGACUUCAUGGCAGUGCAUAUAAGAAGCGUGGAUGGGAUGAAAGGGGGGGUGGCUAUACAAUCCCGAGGCGGCAAGUACAACACCGACCUCAGAUGGAAGUGUGUCAGCAGUAAUUCUGUCGAUCCGAACUGGGUCCAGCCAAGCUUCGACGACAGCAGGUGGCCUGUGGCGAUUGUAACGGCCGCAGUGAACGAGUGUGGCUCCGGUCUGAAGAUUGCCAAGUGUCCAGAUGUCUUCAUGAAUCAGGGCGCUAAGUGGAUCUGGACGAAAAGACUGACGGAUGCGAAAACCCCGCAUGACAGCUCCCACUGUAGGCUGAAAUUUUCCAAUGAAACGUCCAUCAGAGGAAAAGGUUACAAGAUAGUCAUGUGCACUACGAUAUUGCUGAUGUUUAUCACCAUGAUGAUCAGCCUCUCAAUAGCUUACUACGUCAUUGGAGUCAUCGAUGAUGAUAUGAGAAGAAAGAAAAGAGCAAGUUCAUUCUUCAUUCCUCUGGAUGAAUCAAUUAGAACGGCAUCCGUAGACGCAAAAAUUCCUGCUGAAACUCAAAAAUGA